AUGAAUAUUUCUUCAUUUUCCUCCAGUUCAUUAUGGUUCACAUGCUUUCAUGUGGUUCUCUUUUCUUCUAGCCUACUAUGUUUGCACUCUAAGUGCGCUGCUGGUGCCUUAGGAAAUGACACUGACCAAUUGUCACUGCUCAAAUUCAAAGAAGCAGUGGAACACGACCCUUUUGAGGUCUUGGCUUCUUGGAAUAGUUCAAGUCACUUUUGCAUGUGGCAUGGAAUCACAUGCAGCCUCAGGCAUCAAAGGGUCACUUCCCUUAACCUACAAGGGUAUGCCUUAAGGGGUUUGAUACCACCUGAGAUAGGUAAUCUCACUUUUCUGAGAUAUGUCAACCUUCAAAACAACAGCUUCUAUGGCAUAAUCCCACAUGAAAUAGGUCGUUUGUUCAGGCUGCAACAGCUGUAUCUCACCAACAACACAUUAAGGGGUCAAAUUCCCACCAACUUGUCUAGUUGCUAUGAACUCAAAAGCUUGAGUUUAUCAGGAAACAAACUUGUUGGCAAAAUUCCUAUGGAGCUUGGCUUUCUAACUAAGCUAGAACUUCUAUCUAUUGGUAUCAACAAUUUGACCGGUGAAAUACCUGCCUCUAUAGGGAAUCUUUCAUCUCUUGGUGUUCUCAUUUUGGGGAUCAAUAACUUGGAGGGAAAAGUGCCAAAAGAAAUAGGCCAUCUCAAAAACUUGACCCAUAUAUCUAUUGCAGGCAACAAACUAUCUGGUGUAUUUCCUUCUACACUCUAUAAUAUGUCAUUUCUCACUUUCUUCUCAGCUGGAGACAACCAAUUUAGUGGCUCUCUUCCUACCAACAUGUUCCUAACACUCCCUAAUCUCCAACAAUUUGGCAUUGGUAUGAACAAGAUCUCAGGUCCUAUCCCUGCUUCCAUUUCAAAUGCAAGCCGUUUGAUGUUGUUUAACAUCCCAAAUAAUAACUUUGUUGGACAAAUUCCAACUGGCAUAGGGAAUCUCCAAGAUGUGUGGUCCAUUGCCAUGGAACGCAAUCAUCUAGGGAGUAAUUCAUCUAAUGACUUGGAUUUCUUGACAUCUUUGACAAACUGCACCAAGUUGCAAGUGUUGGAUUUGAAUCUAAACAACUUUGGUGGUUCUUUACCCAACUCUGUAGCCAACUUAUCAAAUCAUCUAAGCCAGUUUUAUAUUGGUGGCAAUCAGAUCACUGGGAGUAUUCCUGCAGGAUUAGGAAAUCUCAUCAACUUGAUUGGCUUUGACUUGGAGUUCAACCUUCUCACAGGGUCCAUUCCAGCUUCUUUUGGGAUGUUCCAAAAGAUGCAAUCUUUGACUUUAAAUGUGAACAAACUUUCAGGAGAAAUUCCACCAUCCAUUGGGAACCUUAGUCAAUUGUUUCAACUUGACUUGUCAAAUAAUAUGCUAGAAGGAAGCAUUCCUCCUAGUGUUGGGAAUUGCCAAUAUUUACAGUACCUUGACCUUUCACAUAACACACUAAGUGGAACUAUUCCUUUGCAGGUCUUUGGUUUUCCCUCCUUGUCAUUGUUAUUGAACUUGUCCCACAACUCGUUAAAUGGUAGCCUACCCAUUGAAGUUGGCAACCUGAAAAGCGUCAACAAGUUGGAUGUUUCAAAAAAUGCUCUCUCUGGAGAAAUUCCUUCAACAAUUGGACAAUGCAUAAGCGUGGAAUUCCUUAACAUACAUGGGAAUUCCUUCCAAGGAGCCAUACCUUCAUCCUUGGCUUCACUGAAAGGCCUUCAGUACUUAGAUUUGUCACAAAAUAACUUUUCUGGAUCAAUUCCAGAAGGUCUAGAGAGUAUUCCUGUUCUGCAGUACUUGAAUAUUUCCUUUAACAGGUUGGAUGGUGAAGUACCAACAAAAGGUGUCUUUAGAAAUGCAAGUGCAAUAUCAAUAAAAGGAAAUAGUGACCUUUGUGGGGGUAUCACAAAGCUACAUCUACCACCAUGUCCUGUCAAAGUUAUGACCAACAGAAAACAUCAGGUUUGGAAGAAAAUAGUAAUAAUAAUUUCUGUGGUUGUCUUUCUCCUACUUUUAGCUUCUUUUGUUGCUUUCUAUUGGAAGAAAAAUUCAAACAGGAGAACAUCUAGUUCAAAAACAACAAUGGACCCUCUUGCCAAGGUCUCAUAUCAGACACUCCACCAAGCAACAAAUGGAUUCUCUCCCAAUAACUUGAUAGGAUCUGGUGCUUUUGGCUUUGUGUAUAAAGGAAAUAUAAUUAUGGAUUCAGAGGAAAGAGUUGUUGCUAUUAAGGUCCUGAAUCUUCAAAAGAAAGGAGCUCACAAAAGUUUCAUUGCUGAAUGCAAUGCACUCAGAAAUAUCCGUCACAGAAACCUGGUCAAGAUUCUAACAUGCUGCUCCAGCAUGGAUUACAAAGGAGAUGAAUUCAAAGCUCUAGUUUUUGACUACAUGGAAAACGGAAGUUUAGAGAAAUGGUUGCAUUCCGAGUCAGAAAUUGGAGAUCAACCAACUUUGAACCUUCUUCAACGGCUAAACAUUAUUGUAGAAGUUGGUUCUGCUUUACACUAUCUUCACUAUGAAUGUGAACAGCUAAUUGUUCACUGUGAUUUGAAGCCAAACAAUAUCCUUCUUGAUAAUGAAAUGGUUGCUCAUGUAAGUGAUUUUGGACUAGCUAGACUUCUCUGUGCCAUCAAUGGUGUCUCUCGUCUACAAUCUAGCACGAUCGGAAUCAAGGGAACUGUUGGAUAUGCUCCUCCAGAAUAUGGAAUGGGAGGUGAAGUUUCAACCCUGGGUGAUGUGUAUAGCUUUGGAAUCCUUGUAUUGGAAAUGUUAACUGGAAGGAAACCCACAAAUGAAAUGUUUAUAAAUGGCAUCAAUCUCCAUAAUUUUGUCAAAGUUUCCUUGCCAGAUAAACUCCUACAUAUAGUGGACUCAGCCCUUCUCCCAAGAGAAUUGAAACAAAUAGAAAAGGAAAACAAAAGUGAUCAGAGCAUGAAGAAGAUGCUUCCAAAUGAUGUGAAGAAAUGUUUACUUGAACUGUUUUCCAUAGGACUAGCUUGCUCAGCAGAGUCACCAAAAGAAAGAAUGAAUAUGAGGGAUGUCACCAGGGAACUGCAUCUAAUCAGAAAUGCUUUUAUUGGAAGUAAUCAAUUCAAUUGAGAUUGACUGAAAC